AUCAGAGAUCGAAGAUUUUCGUCUUUAGUCCCGUUUCCGCUUUGGCGUGACUAACAUCACAAGGGGGGUUGAUAGUCGUCAUAAAAGCCGAUAGGAUGCCGACUGCUCCGCUUCGGGUGGCUGUGGUGUGUUCCAGCAAUCAAAAUCGCAGCAUGGAAGCGCAUAAUAUUCUCAGUAAACGAUCAAUCAAUGUUCGAUCAUUUGGAACAGGAACUCAUGUGAAACUUCCAGGACCAGCUCCAGACAAACCAAAUGUUUAUGAUUUCAAAACUACAUAUGAACAGAUGUACAGCGAUCUACUUAAGAAAGACAAAGAACUAUAUACACAAAAUGGUAUUUUGCACAUGCUGGACAGAAAUAGACGGGUUAAACCACGACCUGAGCGAUUUCAGAACUGCAAGGACUACUUUGACCUAGUGAUUACCUGUGAGGAAAGAGUCUAUGAUCAAGUUGUAGAAGAAUUGAAUUCUAGAGAGCAAGAGACGUGCCAGCCAGUUCACGUAAUCAAUGUUGAUAUUCAAGAUAACCAUGAAGAAGCAACUCUAGGAGCAUUUUUGAUUUGUGAACUUUGCCAAUGUAUACAGCACACGGAAGACAUGGAAAAUGAAAUAGAUGAACUUUUGCAGGAUUUUGAAGAUAAAAGUGGCAGGACCUUUCUCCAUACUAUCUGCUUCUAUUGAUGUAAAUCCUCUCAGGCCUUAUAAAUGACGAACGUUACUUUUCCCCCCCACCCAUUUCUUAUGUUUUUCUUUGACAAAGUGUUUCCUCCUUCAGAUAAUUUAUCUGGAAAAGGCAGGGAUGUAUAAAUGUUUGUGUAUAUACGGAAAGGAACAUGUAAACUACAACAGAUAUUCAAGCAAAAUCAAGAUUACCUGCAAUUGUGCUGGAUAAAGUAUUAUAAUUUUUUUUACAUAUUUCCUUUCAGAUGUGGAUUAUUUCUGUUGUGGUUCUAUUUGCUUUUCUUAAAGUGGACCUGUCACCCAGGCAUAAAAAUCUGUAUAAUAAAAGUCCUUUUCAAAUUAAACAUGUAAAGCAUUCAUAGCUGUUGUAAGCUCAUUAAAAAUCUCAGCUGUCAAUCAAAUAUUGUCUGCCCCUCCUCUAUGCCUUAGGCGGGGCAGACAAUUACUUUCACUUUCCAUUCAGCACUUCAUAGACGUGACUGCUCUCCCCAUAUUCCCCCUGUUCUCUUUAUCAUUUAAUUGUGUAGCCAGGGCAUGGGGAUGGACAUCAGGUUUCUCAUUCUGGUGCACAAACAAGAUUCUGAGAUGAUGCAAGGCUUGUCUUAAUAACAGUGUCCACAAAAUGGCUGCCUGCUUACUAUAAUUAUGAGUUCCCAGAUGGAAGCAAACAAGAUUUAAAUAAUUUAUAUAGUGUAAUUAAAGUUCAUUUUGCUUGCUAAUGUGAUAAAAUAGGAUUUUGAAUAUUUUUUUUUUUUGGGUGACUGGUCCCCUUUAACCCCUUUUCUGUAAGGAUUCUCAUAACUUUGUAUCUUUCCAGUAAAGGGGUUAAAACUGACUCUAAAUUCUGUAAUGGCAGAACCUGAAUACGAUGACUAUUGUCAGUAUCUAUAAUAUAAUAGGUAAUAAAUUGGAAAUGUAUA